AUGGCGGAUUACAACCCGGACAUCUCCAACGGUACCUGCUACUAUGACGAUAGCAUGCAGGCCAAUUCCAGGUAUAUCCCCUGUGGGAAUGCGGCCCUCGGACACAAGUCAUGCUGUGAGAGUCUAGACAUGUGUCUUUCGUCGCACGCUUGCUACAACGGUCAAUUUGGCGUCACUUAUCUAGCCGGCUGCACAGAUUCUAGUUACGAUGACCCAGCCUGCCCACGUAAAGGAGAUUUUCAAGAGCAACCGUGGGCCGGUUUGGUCUACUGCAAUGGCACUUCGAAUGAAUGGGUCGCGUGCAAAGAUGAAGGCAGCACGGUUACAACCCCAUUACCCUGCUGGUGCCCCGAUGUCGAUUCAAGGACCGUUGCUUUCACCGAUGCCUCCGUCCUCACCAACAUCAUGUCCCUGCCAGCAACUUUGGGCGGCAGGGUCACUUGGAAAGACGCCGAUGCGUACUCAUCGGAACAUUCCCUUACUUCGAUACUUACCUCGUCAGAUACUGAUACCACGACUUCAACCCCAACUUCCAGUUCAGUAACCGACACAACCAUCCUUUUAUCACCCGCAUCUACCGUUUCCGCGGCCAGUUCUACUCUGCGUUCACCUUCCGCCUCGUUUCAGACCUUCUCUGCACCAGAAGCCACCGCUGGUGCGAUCGCUAACCAUUCUGGGUUAAGCACGGGGCAAAAGAUAGGAGUGGCGUUUGGAGCAGCGGGUGGAGCAGCGGCGAUGGUGCUGUUUGCUUGGUUAUUGUGUACAUGUUUCCGUCGAAGAGCAGGGGGCAGACAGGAGCAGAACGAGCCAGCGUCGAUGCGGGAACCCACGCUACCGCAAGCGGAGCGGAGACCGACCAACCCAGAGAUGAGGAGUCCAGCAUGGUCAGGUCAUAAGUCGGAACUUCCCGCGGACGAAAAUGUGACGAGUGCCUCGCCAGUGCCGCGAUAUCAGGACUUUGCGAGACCGCAGAGUGCGGAAGUGGAGGGUAGCCCGGUCAGGAUGUCCCCCACGAGACCUACGCAAGAUGGUGGGUUGAGGGUGCCUGGUCGCAAGGGAACAUACUACGAGAUGGCCGGAUAA